GCCGCAGCUACUGAACGACAGAAAAUAAACGUCAAAAGCCAGUGCGAACUAGUAAAACCUCACAAGAAAGAACGCUGCCGAUGCCCCGGAAGCGGAAGUGCAUUCUCUACGUGAAAGGCUGAACUACGCGGAGUCGUGACGUUUCCUCAUUGGGCGGAAGGUUCGGUGGCAGUCGUCGGUCUUCCAGCUGGUGGGAGUUGGCGUUGCUGUGCUGGGCUCUGGGACCCUCGUUUAUGUAGUUAGGAAAGUCGGUCUGUGGCGUCGCGCCUGUCUAUCUGAUCUCCGCUUUCCUCUGAUUCCUCCCACGGCUUGGGGCCUCGCAAAGGAAUCCCUGGCCCCUUUGGGCCACGGCUGUAGCUGUGCCUUUUGCGACUUUCUUGUAAUCACGUCUUAAAGCCUUCAAGAUGGUACUAGCAGACCUUGGAAGAAAAAUAACAUCAGCAUUACGCUCUUUGAGCAAUGCUACCAUUAUCAAUGAAGAGGUAUUAAAUGCUAUGCUGAAAGAAGUAUGUACAGCAUUAUUGGAAGCAGAUGUUAAUAUUAAACUAGUGAAACAACUAAGAGAAAAUGUAAAGUCUGCUAUUGAUCUUGAGGAGAUGGCAUCUGGUCUUAACAAAAGAAAAAUGAUUCAGCAUGCUGUAUUUAAAGAACUUGUGAAGCUUGUAGACCCUGGAGUUAAAGCAUGGACACCCACUAAAGGAAAACAGAACGUGAUCAUGUUUGUUGGAUUGCAAGGAAGUGGUAAAACUACAACAUGUUCAAAGUUAGCUUACUAUUACCAGAGGAAAGGUUGGAAGACUUGUUUAAUAUGUGCAGACACAUUCAGAGCAGGGGCUUUUGACCAGCUAAAACAGAAUGCUACUAAAGCAAGAAUUCCAUUCUAUGGAAGCUAUACAGAAAUGGAUCCUGUCAUCAUUGCCUCUGAAGGAGUGGAGAAAUUCAAAAAUGAAAACUUUGAAAUUAUUAUUGUUGAUACAAGUGGACGUCAUAAACAGGAAGACUCUUUGUUUGAAGAAAUGCUUCAAGUUGCUAAUGCUAUACAACCUGAUAACAUUGUUUAUGUGAUGGAUGCCUCCAUUGGACAAGCUUGUGAAGCCCAGGCUAAGGCUUUUAAAGAUAAAGUAGAUGUAGCUUCAGUAAUAGUGACAAAACUUGAUGGCCAUGCAAAAGGAGGUGGUGCACUCAGUGCAGUUGCUGCCACAAAAAGUCCAAUUAUUUUCAUUGGUACAGGGGAACAUAUAGAUGACUUUGAACCUUUCAAAACACAGCCUUUCAUUAGCAAACUUCUUGGUAUGGGUGACAUUGAAGGACUGAUAGAUAAAGUCAACGAGUUGAAGUUGGAUGACAAUGAAGCUCUUAUAGAGAAGUUGAAACAUGGUCAGUUUACGUUGCGAGACAUGUACGAACAAUUUCAAAAUAUCAUGAAAAUGGGCCCCUUCAGUCAAAUCUUGGGUAUGAUUCCUGGUUUUGGGACAGAUUUUAUGAGCAAAGGAAAUGAACAGGAGUCAAUGGCAAGGCUAAAGAAAUUAAUGACGAUAAUGGACAGUAUGAAUGAUCAAGAACUUGACAGUACAGAUGGUGCCAAAGUUUUUAGUAAGCAACCAGGAAGAAUCCAAAGAGUAGCAAGAGGAUCCGGUGUGUCAACAAGAGAUGUUCAGGAACUUUUGACACAAUAUACCAAAUUUGCACAGAUGGUAAAAAAGAUGGGAGGUAUCAAAGGACUUUUCAAAGGUGGUGACAUGUCUAAGAAUGUGAGCCAGUCACAGAUGGCAAAAUUGAAUCAACAAAUGGCCAAAAUGAUGGAUCCAAGAGUUCUUCAUCACAUGGUGUGUGACUUUCUGGGAGAGAAGAUUGCGUCUGUUUUGGGCAUCAGCACCCCAAAAUACCAAUAUGCCAUUGAUGAGUAUUACCGGAUGAAGAAGGAGGAGGAGGAGGAGGAAGAAGAAAACAGGAUGUCUGAAGAAGCAGAAAGGCAAUACCAACAGAAUAAGAUGCAGGCUGAUUCCACUGUUCAGACAGAUCAACCAGAAACAGUGGUGACCAAUUCAUUUGUGAAUCUCAACUUUGAAAUGGAGGGGGAAUGUGAAGUAAUUACAGAAAGCAAACAAAAUCCAGUCUCUGUCCCACCAUAGAAUGCAUUGACUCUUCAAAUGUCAAACUCUAUGGUGGUUUUCAUACCAGGAACUUGGGACAUUCUCUAUUCAGUGAGACUUAAUAUAGUUAUUUAUACUUUAAAUUAUUAUCUGGAAAAGGGAAAAUGUUUUCUUUAUUCAUAGGCUCUAUCUAGCAAAAGUCAGAUCUGAAAUUUGGUGUUUGUACUAUGCUUUUACUGUGUGUCAAAUUAGUGUUUUGGUUUUAAAAUGGUGUUUAUAAAGUAAAGGACAUUUUAGAGCCCGAACUGCAAUUAAGAGUUAAAUGAUCAUAUGCUUGUCUGUUAUUUGUGUUUGUUAAAAAAAAAAAAAAAAAGGGUAGGUUGCUGAUUAAGGCUAAUUGGAGCUGAUGUUCCUAAUUUCAGAUGAAAAUGAGGAUUUUUUCCCCCCUACAUUUUUUCAUGUCAUGUCUUAGAUUUAUAUAUCUAACCAUUAAUUUCAUACUAAGGAUGAUGAUUCAUUGAGUUUGUAAUAAAAGGAACAAGAUAAAAAAAAGCACUUUGAAUUUUAUUUUCUUGAGAAUAACUAUUUUAUGGAAAGGUGACUGAGUUUAUAAUACCAAAUAUUAAGAUUGGUUUCCUUUUUUUAAUGUAGGUUAUUUAAUCUUUUCAGUAGUUAUUCAAAUUAAAUAACUAAUUUUGAACAUGUUAAAAAUACUAGUUAUUGAAUGAAUUUAUUAAUGUAUUUGUUUUCAAGUGGCAAUACCUAGUGAUUAUCCACAUGGCACCCUGGUUAUGUCACUCUCUCAGCCCUUACUGCCUCCUACGGGCCAGGUACUUACAGGGAGGGGGCUGAGAUUGGGACACAGAUGAAGAUUUAACCAUCAGGGGCUUACUGUUAAAUAUUGUACAAGGUGCAAUGGUAGCAUAAUGAAAGUAGUUGUCAUUCACCACUUCAAAGUAACAACAGUAAAGCGGACAGUUUGCCUGUCCCAGAUGGGCCAUCUGUCUAUCCACCGUGCUGUUAGCCAAACUUAUUAAAAAAACAUAGUACGGAACUAAUUUUGAAAAUAUUCUUAAAUAUGUGUUCAGAAUCUUGUAUCUGUAUGGUUUUGAUUUAUAACUAAAUGUGGGUAAGGAAGAUUAUGUGGCAUAGUUCAGAUAUUAUUGCUCUUAGAAGCUUAUUCACAAACUUAAAGAGCUUUUAGAAAUUAAUGGUUAUUGAUAGCUAUCUAAACAGCAUUAAACUUUCAAUCGCAAAUAUAUCUAUAUAAAAUACAAAGAAUCUCACAACACACAUACAGUGGUCCUAUUUUGGAACUCUAUUAUUAAUGAACAUGAACAUCUAGGCACUAAGUUCAGUUUUUUUAACUGAAAUUUGAAGAAUUUAUGAAAGACUCUUCAUUAGGAAUCUUUGGUUAAAUGGAUUCAUAGAGUCGUUCAUGGCAUGUGAUGGUAAUCUUAUUAGUCAUGGGUGUAACCUGCAUAAUUUAGUGUUUACGGGAUUAAUAAUCAGAUUAUAUAAUUAAUGGCACUGUAAAUUAUAGUUUACCAAUAGCUCUAAAACAUGGUAAUCUGAAAACUAGAAACUUUGCUAAUUAUAGCAGAAGGAAGAUAAUGACUUCUACUCUAUGUUUUAUGUUUCUUGAAUUUUACUUUAUUUGUCCAACAGUGGCCAGUUUGUAAUGUUUAUAUGGUUAUAUACACUGUGCCUUAAAUUUUUUAUAUUUUUAUUUAUGCAAACUAGAACAUUUCCCAUAAAUGCAUUAAAUGGUUUUGUCUUAUUUUUUAAGUCUCCUCCAGUUUUUCUUUCAACCCUUUUAAUAUUUACUGUUCCCU